CACAGAGCCGGUUGCCUCGGACAGAGGAGGGUUCGUCAUGGGGAAGACAGGUGGAAGAGGAGACUUUGAAUGGGUCUACAAUGACCAGCCGCACACUUCAAGGAGAAAAGAAAUUCUGGCCAAAUAUCCAGAGAUCAAGUCUCUGAUGGGUCCGGAUCCCCAGCUGAAGUGGGUAGUAUCAGGCAUGGUCCUUACCCAGCUCCUGGCCUGCUACCUGGUCCACGACCUCUCCUGGAAAUGGAUCUUCUUCUGGGCUUACGCCUUCGGAGGCUGCAUCAACCACUCCCUGACUCUGGCUAUCCACGACAUCUCUCACAACGUGGCCUUUGGAAACAAGCUGGCAAAGUGGAACCGCUGGUUUGCCAUGUGGGCCAACCUGCCCAUCGGGUUGCCUUACUCCGCCUCCUUUAAGAAGUACCACAUCGACCACCAUCGGUAUCUUGGUGGGGACCAGCUGGAUGUUGACAUCCCUACGGACAUUGAGGGAUGGUUCUUCUGCACCCCGGCCAGGAAGGUCCUCUGGCUCUUCCUCCAGCCCUUCUUCUACGCCAUUCGCCCAUUGGUGGUCAAUCCCAAACCAGUGGGUCAGCUGGAGAUCCUAAACGCAGCUGUUCAGCUCACAGCAGACUUAAUCAUCUUCUAUCUAUGGGGGCUGAAGCCCAUUGUUUACCUCAUUGCAGGUUCUGUCCUGUGUAUGGGACUGCAUCCGAUCUCUGGACAUUUCAUAGCUGAGCAUUACAUGUUCCUGAAAGGACACGAGACAUAUUCCUACUAUGGACCACUGAACCUGAUCACCUUCAACGUUGGGUAUCACAUGGAGCACCAUGACUUCCCGAGCAUACCUGGCAGUAAACUACCUCAGGUAAAGCAAAUUGCAGCAGAGUAUUACGACUCCCUGCCUCAACACACUUCCUGGAUUCGGGUGUUAUGGGACUUUGUGUUCGAUGACAGCAUCGGCCCAUACGCCAGAAUCAAACGGGACUACAAGCUACGCAAGCAGGAAUAGAUCUGUGACUGAUUAUAUUUCCCUUUGAACAGAAUUGUGAAUUUCAGUCGUGAAAUAUGUAUGGACCCCUAUGGAAUAUCUUUAUCAUCAUAUUCCCCUUUGCAGUGUGUAGUUGUUACUGAUAGUAAACGGUCUAAAAUCUUAAAUAAGUCCUGUCCUCGAGUUACUAAAAGGCAAAUGAUUGGGCACAUUUCAGUUGCAUACAUUCAAAGUGCACGUAAAUGGGAAGAUAAUUCAAAUACAGCUAGACGGUUUGUCUGUUGUCGUGAUACUGUGAUGACGUUUCCUUGUAUCCAUAAGGGACUGAAAAGCGAAAAUAAUGAUGAAAAGCUAAUAUUUCAACACAAAGAAAAUCCUCAUUUCUGUAGGAAAAGGACACAUACAUUCUCAUGAGGUUUAACAGAAAUGGCACAAACUCUUUUGUUUCUUGCCUACACACAUUACUGUGCGUCUUCUCAGUUUUUGAAUGUGAAAAUCGAGGCACUCAAAGCCUCUCAGAUUAUUUAAUAUAAUUGACAUCCGUCAAGCAGAACAGUGUGUGGAAAAUAAACAUUGAAACUUACCUUUCAGUAAGAAGAGCCUUUUCUACAGCGACGCCCCGUUCUGCAUGCUCGCACCAUCGUUGUAUUGUAAACGGUUUGAUUACAUCUACAAAGAGUGGACAAAAUAACAGAAACACCUUUUAUAAUGCAAAAAAGUAGUUCUUCAGAAAAUUCCAGUCGGAGCCUCAAAAUGUUUGGUGUUAUUUGUUUUAGUGGUCAUUUUUUCAUGUUGCUCUGCAAGUCUCUUUCAGUCAGCGUUGAGUCUUUUUGUGAACACUGGUCCUACAGCAAAUCAACACUUCUGACGCAUGAAUUUAAAGUCUGUUUAACCAAGAUGGUAUUUACUACAGAGCUAUUGUAUUGUAGGUUGUUUUUGUUAUUUUGUCCACACCCAUAACUUAAUCUUUGUGUUAUAAAUUGAUAAGCAUGAUAUUUGUUGUUUAUAUUUAAAUGACUGUACUAUAAAAAAAAACAGUAAAA